CUGCACUGACCCACACAGAGGAAAUGGCUGGUUUUCGCUGCUCUGACUGAACAGUUCAAAGUGUUUGAAGUCACAUGAGUGAGAGGAACAAUGAGACCAACAUCUCUUACCUGCCUGCUCCUUCUGAGCUCACCGCUGUGCUGCACAAUGAAUCAAGCCUCUCUGACUGUGAGUCCCAGCAACUCUCAGAUGUUUGAAGGAGAGUCUGUCUCUCUGAGCUGUGAGGAGGACGACAGCUCUGCUGGAUGGAAGCUGAGGAGGAACACAACCAGAGAAACCAGGAAGGAGUGUGGAGACGGCUGGGGAAGAUCAGCUGGUUCUUCCUGUAAAAUCAGCUACAUGUCACCGUCAGACAGUGGAGUUUACUGGUGUGAGUCCAGAGAGGGAGCAACCAGUAACAGCAUCAACAUCACUGUCACUGGUGGAUCAGUGAUCCUGCAGAGUCCUGUCCUCCCUGUGAUGGAGGGAGAUGAUGUCACUCUGCACUGUAAAACAAAGACCUCCAACCUCCCAGCUGAUUUCUAUAAAGAUGGCUCCCUCAUCAGGACUGAGCCUGCAGGUCACAUGACCAUCCACAAUGUUUCCAAGUCUGAUGAAGGCCUCUACAAGUGUCACAUCAGCAGUCAUGGAGAGUCUCCAUCCAGCUGGAUCUCUGUCACAGGUAAACCUACAACCACAGCCCCGCCCCCUGUAUCUGGAGCUCCCCCCCAGCUUGUGUUCACACUGGUCUGCCACCUAGUGGUGUUCUGUCCGUACUUCAUCUCCACUCUCCUCAUGGUGUCUUUAUAUCGACACAGACCCACAGGAAAUGACCCACCUGUCUCCAUGGCAACAUCCCCACCCACCCAGACUGAGCAGGGAUUGGAUGAUGACUAUGAUGACAUCAUCACCUCCGUCACCACAGAGCAUCACUUCUGAACUGAACCAAUGAGUCGUCGCUCUGAAGCUUUGUUUGAGUCAUGAAUGAAAAACAUCAGAGGAGCUGAAACGCUUCCUGACGAACUCCUCAAGUUCUAGUUUGACUUGAAGUUACAGAG